AUGUCUACGUCUGUAAAUACUCCCUCUAACCCAGGUGUUGAAAUGCAAUUACUUACUGAUGGAUUUGAUAUCUUUGAUGUCACUCCUGAUCCAAAUAAUUUAAUGGCAGCAGCACCUAGAACUACAGACAAAGGUUCUGUGAGUAUUUUUAUGAUGUUUAAAUAUGCAACAUGGAUUGAAAUAAUUUUUAAUAUUAUUGGUGUCUUAAUAUCUCUUUGUGAUGGUGUUUUAUAUCCAUUGAUUGCAAUUCUUAUUGGUGAUGUAUUUGAUUCUAAAGCAUUUAAUCCACUUGCAUAUGAUGUUGCUGAAAUUGAAAAUUUAUGUAAUAAAACUUCAUUAAAAUUUAUGUAUAUUGGAAUUGGAUUAUUCUUUACUUCAUUAAUUAGAACAAUUAUUUUUGAUAUUACUGGUGGAAAUCAAAUUAGAAGAAUUAGAAGAUUAUAUAUUAAAUCAUUACUUGAUCAAGAAAUGGGUUGGUAUGAUGCUCAUAAUAGUGGAGAAAUGACAUCUAGAAUGUCAGGUGAUAUUUUCUUAUUACAUGAUGCCAUUGGUCAAAAAGUAGGUGAAUUCUUUUCUUAUUUUGGAAUGUGUAUUACUGGAUAUGUUAUUGGGUUUGUUAAAGAAUGGAAAUUAUGUUUUGUUAUGAUAUCUGUUGCUCCUUUCAUGGUUGGUGCUGCUGGUAUUUUUGCUUAUGUUCAAACAAGAACAGCAUCAUCUACUCAAGCAUCUUAUUCAGUUGCAGGAGGUAUUGCUUCAGAAACUAUUUCUAAUAUGAGAACUGUUGCUGCUCUUGGUAUUGAAAAAUCAAGAAUUCAUCAAUAUCUUCAAACAUUACGUCAUUCUCUUCAUGUUGGUAUUAGAGCUUCACAUGAAACUGGAGGUUCUACUGGAUUACUCUUCUUCUUUGUAUUUUGUGCAUUUUGGAUUGGUUAUAUUUAUGUUAUUCAAUUAAUUGAACGUUUCUAUAAACCAGAAAAAGGAACAGUAAAAAUUAAUGGAAGAAAUAUUCAAGAAUUUAAUUUAGCAACAUUAAGAAAUAAAAUUGGAUAUGUUGGACAAGAACCAUUAUUAUUUGCUGGAACUAUUGGAGAAAAUAUUGUUAGUGGUAUGUGUGGAAGCUGGACUGAUGACCAAUUAGAAAAUGGAGGAAAUCUUGUUGCAGAAAAUAUGGACAAAAUUGUAGCUGCUGCUAAAAUGGCUAAUUGUCAUAAUUUCAUUUGUCAACUCCCACAAGGAUAUAAUACUAUUAUUGGUGAAAGAGGAACUUCAUUAUCUGGUGGUCAAAAACAAAGAAUUGCUAUUGCUAGAGCAUUAAUAACUCAACCCGAAUUACUUAUUCUUGAUGAAGCAACAUCAGCACUUGAUUCUGAAUCUGAAAUGAUUGUCCAACAAGCAAUUGACAAGAUUGCUAAACAAGUAACAUCAAUUGUUAUUGCUCAUAGAUUAUCAACUGUAAAAGAUUCUGAUAUUAUUGUUGUUCUUUCUGGAGGAAAAGUAGUAGAACAAGGAACUCAUGAUGAAUUGAUGAAAGAAGAAGGUGUUUAUUUCCAUUUGGUCCAAAUUCAAGCUCAAUAGAAUAAUUUAUUAUCAAUUUUUACUA